CCCCCACUCCAUCUACCCCAUCACGCAGGCGCAGCUCCUCAAAUCUUGUCCCUACCCACCUCCUCUUUCUCCGCUUUUUGUUCCCCCUCCUCUUCCAGCACCUCCGCAGGUUCAGAGUCUUCGUGAGGGUGGCGGCGAUCAAGGGGUCACGUGAUGAGCAUCCUGCUGCCCAACAUGGCGGAGUUCGACACCAUCUCGGAACUGGAGGAGGAGGAGGAAGAAGAAGCGGCAACGUCGUCGUCGUCGCCGUCGUCGUCGUCCUCGGUUUCGGGGCCUGACGAUGACGAGGAAGAUGAAGAGGAGGAGGAAGAAGAAGAGGAGGAGGAGGAAGAAGAAGAGGAGGAGGUGGAGGAGACGCCGCCCCCGCCGCGGGUAGUGAGCGAGGAGCAUCUGCGGAGAUAUGCCCCCGACCCUGUAUUGGUGCGGGGCGCCGGCCACAUCACUGUGUUUGGCUUGAGCAACAAGUUUGAUACUGAAUUUCCCUCAGUUCUAACAGGGAAGGUGGCCCCGGAAGAAUUUAAGACCAGCAUUGGCCGCGUGAAUGCAUGUUUGAAAAAGGCUCUCCCAGUCAAUGUGAAAUGGCUGCUGUGUGGUUGUCUCUGCUGCUGUUGCACCCUGGGUUGCAGCCUGUGGCCUGUUAUUUGUCUCAACAAAAGAACCAGAAGAUCAAUUCAGAAGCUGUUAGAAUGGGAAAAUAAUAGAUUAUAUCACAAGCUUGCUUUGCACUGGAAGUUGACUAAAAGGAAAUGUGAAACUAGCAAUAUGAUGGAGUAUGUGAUACUAAUAGAAUUCUUACCAAAAUAUCCCAUAUUCCGACCUGACUGAGGAAUUUUAUUCAGUCACUUCUGUAUUCUGUCAUUUCCUACCCUUAGUGCCUUGUAGAUGAUUUUGGAAUGAAGAUGGUCUCCUUUGCUGUGUUAAAUUUAUUCUUUAUAAUGGUAGAAUAUUCUCCUCACAUUUUCAUUUGUGUUGUUUUAAGAAGAAAUUUUGCACAUCUUUUUGUUGUUGUUAAAUGAGGCUUGUGUUUUGCACUGUCGAUUUUUAAAUAAAUACACACACAUACAUAUAUGUGUAUAUAUAUAUAGUUGCCACUAAAAAUAAAACAUCAGUGCUGGUGUUUAAAAAAGAAAAACAUGUUCUGAGCAUGCUGCCUUAUAAUUUUCAUACUCACUGUUUCUAAAUAUGCAUCAUUUUUCUAAGCUACUUAAUGCUCUAUAAUCUCUUACUGGACAUACGUAAAUAAGCUUUUGGUAGCUUUUAGAAAUGGUUUUACUCUUACCUGCUUUUAAAGGACAUGUAAUUAAUAGCACUGGUUUUGUCCUGCACUUUGCUAAAUUAUCACUUAUGUUAGUGGAUAAAAUAUUUAGACUCCUAAAGACUUGUAAAUAUUGUCUCUGCAUAAUGUAAAAUGUGAUAUGCCAUGGUUUACAGAAUGUAAUGUUACUCAAUGUAUUGCCAACAAUUUUGCAUAGAUUUUAAUAUGAAUGAAGUUUGCAAGCAUCCGUUUGAAUGUAUAGACUAUUAACAUGCUAUUUUAUGGCAAAGCCAUAACAAGUAUGUUAAAAAUUUCAGGUGUGGGCAGGGUUGCCCUUUGUAAUAAGUGGAUCAAAAUGAAAUCAUUGCCUGAGAUUAUAGUCUACAUUGCACCUGAAACCAAGAACCUUAUUUUUUCUCCAUUUAAUUCAAUAAAUCCCAUUUUUCCUCCCUUCUCAUGCCCCAAAGAAUUCAUUUGAUAUCUGACACAUUUCACAGCUUCACUCUCCUCAUUUAUUUCCUUUUUUGUAUCCUUUCCCUCAUUUGCAAAUACACAGAAUUAUGACCUUUAAGGAGUUUUUCAAGAUUUCAGAUGUCUCAGGAUGUGUCUAGACCCCCUUGAAAGCCACUGCUAACUCCUUUCUGGAGUUAUGAUAAUCUUCUUUGAGAAAGAGCGCUAAUUGAAAAGCUGUACCUAAAGAAUAUAUAGUGGCUGAUUCAUAAUUGAUAAAAUACUCCUAAUCCUCUUUUUGAGGAUCUUUUGUAAACGUGGAUACGUGAGGAAAGAGAAGUAUUUAGACAAAAGUAUUUUAGUUUAUAAAUUAGCUUCACAAGUAGCCUUUUUGUUGUUAUGUGAAUAUUUCUCUAUUUUUCUUCACAUUAUGUGUGGCAGCACCACACUCUAAUUCUUCUAGAAUUUGAAUUUUUAACAUAAUGAAAAGCUUUACAUUGUGUCAAUUCAGCUGCAAAUUUAUGCCUGUAUAUAGGCAUUAUUUUGUAAUUCCUAGUGCUAAAAAUAAAAGUAUCUGGGACUGUAUAGUAUUUUAUUUAUCAUCCUACUCAUUGUUUUUAGUAAACUUUUUUAGGCAAACAUUCAUUACAAUGAAGAGAACAAUCAUUUCUUCAUACAAGGUCAAGCCUUUUAAAACCACUUUUAAAAUUUAUGCCUAAUUUGAAACCCACAGUCCUGGACCAGUAAAAGAAGAGGGAAAAAUAGAGACACUGUUUGACAUGUGACUAUAAUUGUUUGUGCAAAUACUUUUCCAUCUCCCUCUGUAGAAUCCCACUAGCCCCAUGCCACUCAGAAUCUCUAACUUUUAGUAUGUUGUGUGUGCCUGCAAAUAACAUUUGUCUCUCGCCAUCAAAAUUGAAGGUGUAUUUUUAUAGACAAAGUGGAAAACUCUGAAAAUGCAUACCAAAUGUCUUGUUUUAUAGCUAAGGUCAGGGAAAAAGUGUAUCUGUGGUUUAUGUUCCAGCUAGUAUCUUCAGGUCUAUACUUGAAACUGUGACAGUUUAAUACCAAAAUUGAUUUCCAGCAUAAUACAAAAUUUCUAAUUAUCACCAUUAAAGUGUCAACUCUUAAAAUCUUUUUUUUUUUUUUGAAAACAGAAUUUGGCCAUAUGAUAGUCAUAGUAACUUUUUUUUUUUUUUUUGCCAUGUAAAAUCACAUUUGUUUGGCUCAAAGAACAGGAAGUGGUGAAUUGUUUCCUUAAAACAGAUAUUGAGACAGGAAUUGAGUGCAUCUGGAGGUGAUGGAGCAUAUGACUCAAGUUACAGUAGUAUUUAUCAUAAAAAUCACUUACCAGCCUGUGUAAAUUAAUUUAAAACCCACUCUAAUAGCUCUUAAAGUUAUUAUUUUAUUGUUCAUUAUGCUGAUUGGUUUAUCUUAUUUUCUUGAACUACUCAGAAAAUACCCAGUUUUCUUUUUUUCUUUAUGAUUGCUUUUUCAAGCUCUUCCUUUGAAGAGGGCUGAUUAGCAGUUUGGUAUUUUGGAGUGCUUUAGGGGGCUUUCUUUUCAAUGGUAUUGGCAGCAGUGAAUGCUGAAAUGACAGAGUACACUGUGGACAUUAACUCCUCCCUUAUUGACCUUUUUUUCUCACAUCCUCAGGAUAGAACAAACUUGGACAUUUCUGUCAAGUUAAUAAAUUAUUUUGGUGAUAGUUGUUUUUAGAUUGAAGAAACUAAUUUUGAAUUUAUUUGUUACAUAAUACUCCUUUAUGAAACCUGCUGUGGACAUUUCCAGAGAAAAAUAACAUUUCUGCCAAAGUAUAUAAAUUUUACAAAGCUUUGAGGUUACAAGUUAAAACCGUUCCUUCUCUGACUUUCCUUUAUGCAUCUCCACCCUCAUAAAUUGUCUAUAAAAUUAAAUAGGCUCUAAUCUUUUUCAGCUAUUCUUUGUUCUCUUCUACCCCCUAUGUUAAUUUAGGAAAGAGACCAUUGUAGUCCGAUGUUAGAAGUAGAUGAAGUGCCUUGUCUUCUUUAAAUAAAAAUAACAUUUUAUGUUGAAGGAAGCAGAACAAAUGAAUUGGUAAAUCAUUACAUUUUAAACCAUCGUCUUCAGCUAAGUAUGAGAAUAUCUCACUAGUGUACUAUAUUUCUUCUAUUUAUUAUUUAGAGUCUGUUUCUUUGGUUUCCCUCAAUCAUGAGAUAUAGUAGUGACAAAGUAUUACAGAACUGGACUAUCAGUCCCUUAUAAAACUAGUAUAAUUCUAAUGCUAGCAAAUAUGUAAUUUAACAUGGUUCUGGAAGAACAAUGCUCUUUGAUUGAAGCUCUACUAAAACCUACUCAAGUAUUUAAUGCACAUAUUCAUAUUAUUAUGACCUAUAAACACUAAUGUUUGAUCAGUUCAUUAAACUAUGUUAAUAUUUAGCAUGCUACCAUUUUUUAAUGAACUUUAUUCUUAUUUUUUCAUAAUUUGAGCGAAGUUCCAUAACAUUUGUAAGGCUUCAAACAAAUAGGAUUUUUUUUAGGUGUAUGAGAGCUUUAAAAAUUCAUUAGCAUUUUAAUUUUGUUUACAAAGAAAUUGCCACUUAAAAAAAAUCAAACUUCACUACUUGAACAUAAAGUCUCCUAACAAUAUUUCAUUAGAAUUGACUGUAUUGACCUGAGAGGAUAUAGAAAUUAUAAAUGCCCAUUUAAUUGGAGCAGUUUCACAUAGUGCAAAUACUUUUUGCUAAUUCGAUAACAAGAUGCUCAAAGUUUAGUCCUCCUAUAACUAUAAAAUUCUGCUUUAAAAAAUCCAUUUUGAAACAGUUGUCAAAUUGUUUCAGUUUCUUUAAAGGGUGAACUAUUGGGCAAUUUUCCACAGAAAAUGAAUAGAUUUUAAUAAUACUUGAUACAAUAUGUGGACUAAAUAUAAAUAUAUGUGUAUAUAUAUUGCCCCCAGUUUUUCUUUCCUGAUUCUGAGCCAAACUUUUCAUUUCUAUGAUGGCAACCUGAGACUAUGUUCCAUUUUCUAAUGAGGAAAUGAUAUAAUAUGCUCCAGGCAAGUCACUUACAUUACAUGCCAUUCUCUUCAUCUGUAAAAUCACGGGGUUGAAACUAGAGCUGGACAGAAAAUUAGAGGUCACCUGAUAUUCUGUGAUUCUAGGAAUCCUUAGGAAAUUUUUACAGAUGGUCAGAGUUGAUUUUUCUCAAAUCUACUACCCUUGGUGGAAACUCUCACAGUGCCUUGCACACAGUAGAUGUUUGAUUUACCAACUGGCUUUUAGCCCAUGUGUGUUGGUAUCACACAGACUCAAAGAAUCUGAUGCCUACUUGACCUCAGCCCCUCCGUGGUGUUAAGAAUGAUUGUAGUUUCCCCUAGGAACUGAGGACUGAGUGAGGUCUGUGUGCUUCACCUGUGUGGAAUCUGACUAUAUGCAGUUGGUACCUGGGCAAGAAUUAUAGGUGUGACAACAAUGGAGAUAUAUUAGGACUCACUUUGACAUUGAUGUGAAAAAGUUUCAUUUCCUAUCCAAAAUCUGCUUCAAUGUCUUAUUUGGUUCCAUAUCCUCAAAAAGAUCUAUUGGAACAAAUUGAUUGAUACUAUAUGGAAAAGAAAGUGUUAAUAGAAUUCAAACCCAAGUCGCUUCUGGUUUAAUUCUUAGCUCUGCUGCUUAAUUCCUCUGUACCUCAUGUCCUCAUUGUGGAAGUGGGGACAAUAAUAUGGACCUACCUCACAGGGGAAUUGAGGAUUUUUUUUUCAUAUAUUAAUGUGCUUUUGAAGGUAUAUACACUGAAGGAUAUAUUGUAUAUCAUAAUUUCAUAAUUUUAAAUAGAGUCCUUUAGAUCUAUGUUAUUAUGUUUUCUUAGUCAAACCCUACAGAAUGAGUAUUGCAGUUAAUCUGUUUUUUGGUAGUAAUUUUUGUUAUUGAUCCCCUAUGUGUUAACAUGAGUAACUGUUAUGUUAAUACUUGAUUUAGAGAGGAAAAGCAGGUGGAUAUAAACCAAUGGUUCUCAACUUGGGGCAGAUGAAAAUAGCAGUAGGGUCAUCCUUGAACCUUUUUCAGCAUUUUAGAAAGUAUACUAGAAAUUAUACAUUUACCCAUAAUAUUCCUACUUCACAAGCCAACUUAAGACAUUGAAUUUUCACAUUAUGCUUAUAUUUCUUCAAUUCUAACACUGGUUAUCACACAGUAAUCAGAAACUGUGAAUGGCAGUAAUGCUUUUGAUUAAUUUUUUUUAAUAAAGCCUAUUGUUACAUGCAAUUUAAUACUUGAAAAUAUAGGGAAAGAAUGGUAAAGGAAUCCUUAUGAUAAAAAUGUUGGGAGCCACUUUUACAAAGGAACCAAGAUUAUUUGACUCCCACGGGUUGCUUACACUAGUCCCUAAAUAAUGAAAUGCUAGAUUAUGUGUAUGUAUUUUGGCUAGAUUGGGCUAUAUAACUUCAGGUUACAAUUUGUUUUUAUUCUCUUUCCGGAUGAUAUAACUGAGCUAAUUUAUCUGGGUGUGUGUGUGUAAAUCAUACAUACACACAAACACAGGACUGUAAAUAUGGAAAGUGUUAUAAUGUCAUGUUGUAGGAUUGGAGUAAAUAUCAAUGUCUGAGUCUCAAAGUAGUUCUGUGUAUAAAGUCAAAAUGAUAAGUCAAGGCAAUAAUUUCUCAAAUAUUCCUUUUACUCCUUGUUUUGUUUGCUUCUCUUUGCUUAAUUUUUUAAAUUUUUCAUUUUUAUAGUAAGCAAAAAGUAUAAAAUUCUUUUAAUGCUUGGACUUUUAAGCACGUUACCAAAUGUUUGAAAUUAUAUAAUCUACAAGUUAGUUUGCCAUCCUUAGACUAACCACGUACAAAUAUAUGAGUCUCAGCUGCAAAAAUAGAAAAUCCUGCUAGUGAGAAGGUGGGCAUUGAUCAAAACAGCUAUUUGAAAAGCCUAGGAUCUCUGCCCUUUUGACAGAGGAUUCCUGCUGGGACACUUUUACCAGAAGGAUAAAAGUGAAUAUGUCCAUUUAAGCCAAGAACUUUCAAUGCAUCUUGUAUUGUAUAGCCUGUGGAAUGAAUUCAUUUUUCUCCCUUGAUUUUGGGAGCGACUCCCUGGAAGAACUCAACCUAUAUACAGCUGUGCCAAAAUGAAGGAUACCUGCCUCUCUGAAACCUUCACUGCUGCUUCUGUCGUUGUUCACUUGUCAGAUAUUAAAUUUUAUUAUCUCAGGAUGCAAAAUUACAAUAAAGUGCAAAUCUGUGUUAAUGAA